AUGAAGCCUUUCAAAGAUGGUAAUUCCUUAUCAAUCCAGGGACACAGGAGACACAGAACAUUCCAGAUACAGUUCGAGUCCCAAUUCCUUCAUGAAGUCCAGCCUUCAGUCCCUAAAGAGCACACCAGCCCCACCUCUGAAGACCUUAGGAUUAUGAAGAUGAACACUGUUUCCCUCCAAGUUAUCACUCAACAAUUGUUUUUAUUCCAAGCUGGUACUGGAAUCUCUGCCAACAUCUUUCUUCUUUUCUUACAUAUUUUCACAUUUCUCCAAGAUUUCAGAGUUAAACCCACUGACGUGAUCAGCUGUCAUUUGGCCCUUGUUCAUAUGGUGAUGCUCCUCAUUGCACUGUGUAUUUUUUCUCCAGACAUCUUUGAAUCACAGAAACUGAAGAUUGACUACAAAUGCAAGGCAUUGAUUUUUAUGCACAGAGUGACGAGGGGUAUCUCCAUCAGUACCACCUGCCUCCUGAGUGUGUUUCAGGCCAUCACCAUCAGUCCCAGCACCUCCUGGUUAGUAAGAUUUAAACACAAAUUUACAAACUAUGUUGUCUACAUAGUUAUCAUUUUCUGGUGCUGGAAUUUAUCUAUUGGUACUUACUUUAUCUUCUAUACUGUAGUAUAUUCCAACAAAAGCCAGAAAAAUUUAAUGAGAAUCAAUAAACACUGUUCAAUUGCCUCUGUAAACCCCAUCAUCAAGGAACUAUUUUUUGUUCUGACAUUCUUCAGAGAUGUCUUCCUUGUAGGACUUAUGCUACUCUCCAGUGCGUACAUGGUGAUUCUGUUGUUCAGGCAUCAGAGGCAAUCACAGCACCUCCAUAGCACCAAGCUGACCUCAAGAGUCUCCCCAGAACAAAGGGCCACAAAGACCAUCCUGCUGCUGGUGAGUUUCUUCGUGGUCAUGUACUGGGCAGACACCAUCAUUCAUUCCUUCUCUACCUUAAUAUGGAAAUAUGAUCCAGUCCUUUUUAGUGUGCAAAAACUAGUGCUCAAUAUAUAUGCAACUGUUUGUCCUAUAAUACAAACCACUUCCCAUAAAAUUAUCAAAGCUACUGUGCAAAAUAUUAAAAAAAUCUGUGCUAUCAAUUGA